ACUAAACAGCCCAUUGUCACAAUGGAUCCAUUCUCUGCAGAAGGCGAACUCAUCAACAUCCACAACGCCUUCCACCAAGGCCAAUACCAAUCCGUCAUAGACUUCAACACAUCCUCUUUCUCCCCUGAGAACGCCCUCCCCGCACGCAUCCUUAAGCUCCGCGCCCAAGUUGCCCUUGGCAACACAGAUGAUGUCCUAGCCGACAUUGAAGGCGAGACUGAGGAGUCGCCCAGUCUCAGCGCCGUCAAGGCCCUCGCGCAGUUCGCUGCCGGUAAUGCCGAGGCCGCGACACAGCUAGCCCAAGAUCUUGCGGAGAAUUAUCCCGACGAUGCAACGGUGCAGGUUCUAGGGGGCACAGUGCUGCAGAAUGUAGGGAAAAGUGAGGAGGCGUUGGCACUACUGGGAAAGCACCAGGGGAACUUAGAGGCAGUCGCGUUAAUUGUUCAGAUUCACCUCCAGCAAAACAGGUCUGAUUUGGCACUAAAGGAGGUCCAGGCUGCGAAGCGGUGGGCGCAGGAUUCCCUGCUGGUUAAUCUUGCUGAGUCGUGGGUUGGAAUGAGAGUUGGCGGCGAGAAGUAUCAAUCCGCUUUUUAUGUCUACGAAGAACUCGCUUCAGUCGAUAGCACUUCCGCACCGCUUUCGAUCAUUGGACAGGCUGUCGCAGAGAUCCAUCUCGGUCGGCUGCCGGAGGCUGAGGCUGCAAUAUCUGCUGCUCUUGAGAGAUACCCUAAUGAGGCGGGGUUGAUUGCGAACUCGAUUGUUCUGAACGUGCUGAUCGGGAAGCCAACAGAGGAUUUGGAGAAGUAUGCUUCACUCGAACUUUCCGGUCGUAUGGAGUUUACUAACGGGCUUCGUUAUAGGCGCCUUCAAUUGGUUGAGCCAUCGCAUGCACUGCUGGCUGACAUCCAAGAGAAGAGUGACUUUUUCGAUACUGCUGCUGCUAAAUACUCCGCCAAGGUUUCUUCAUAG